AUGUCUGACCAUGACCCUGAACAACCUCUUCCCGCUGGAUGGGAAAAGCGGAUGAGUCGUACCAACAAUCAGGAGUACUACUAUAAUCAAGCCACCGGUCGAAGUCAAUGGGAGCGACCUACGGAAGCAGCUUUUGGGAAAGGAUCGGACCUCACACAAGUCAGAGCUGCUCAUCUUCUCGUGAAACAUGCGGGUAGUCGCCGUCCAUCCAGUUGGAGGCAGGAUAAAAUUACUCGGAGUAAGGAGGACGCUCGAAAUAUCCUGAAAGACUACAUUCAACAAAUUCGUAGCUCUGAUAACCCCGAAGCAACAUUUCGAAAAUUGGCGCAGCAGUUCAGCGACUGCAGCUCUGCGAAGAGAGGAGGAGAUCUUGGUAAGUUUUAUAAUUAUUUAAGUUUACCAUUUUGUGAAAUAGCAUCUUAA